AUGGUACCCACUCCUUUAUUGAACAUAUACAAUGAAAACAAACUAAAUGAAAAUAACUAUAAGGAACGAAAAAGAAACCUGAUAGUUUUCUUAAGCUGUGAGAAACUUAAAACGGUUCAUGAGAAUGAAUGCCCUCUAGUCACUCAAGUUGAGGUUAGAAAACUCUGGGAAGAGUCUGAUGAGAUAGCUAGUUACUAUAUGCUGGCAAGCGUGACCAACACACUGUAUAAGCAACUGGAGAGCUGUAAGAAUGCUAAAGCAAUUCUAGAUAAGCCAGAAGACAUGUUUGGAGGCCAAGCUACAUUGGCUCAAUAG